UAAUUUCUCUGGUGUUUGUGUCUGAAAUUUUAAGAUCCUUGGUUAUGAAUUAUGAAAUAUUUUUCGAAUUUUCUAAUACUACAGUAUAAUAAAAUGGAUUGAGAAUGUUGGAUAGAUAGAAAUUCCAAAUGAAUUAUGUUUUUUAUAGAACCAAUUCCAUAAGUUAUAUCAAAAAUAAAUUUAUUCAAUAUUUUUUAUUAAAUAUCAGGUCUUCACAUUUCAUUUUCUCUAAUAUUACUAUUUUCCAAUAACUGUCGCUAUGUCCGAACCAAUAGAAAUUUUCAAAAAACUGGAAUGCAACGAUACAGAGAUUAUUGAAACAGCUAAGUCUGAUAUAUAUAAACUUCUUCAAAGUGUACGAGAACCAUGGUUAAUCAAUGGCUUAUAUGACUAUUAUUUGAACACAAAUUCUCUUCGUUCUAUGGAGAUUUUAGCAAAUGUUAAUGAAUAUCAUCAUAAAUAUUUAUUUGAUAGACUGAACGAAUCCAUAAAGAGACAGGAGACUGAACUUAGAGUCAAAGCUUUAACUUUACUGGGUCACAUCGUGAGAAAACAGCCAACAUGGAUUUAUAAAAUAAAUGAACACCCACUCAUGAAAGAAAUUUUGCUGGUAUUAAAGACGGAGGAUGAUAUACUAGCAUUGAUAAGUGCAUUGUUAUUGACAAUUGUCCUUAUGCCUAUGAUUCCUUCUUUAAUAGCUCUUCAUCUACAGGAAGUUUUUGAUAUAUUCAGCCGUCUUGCUUCAUGGAAUCUGGGUACUGGAGCAUAUUUUGAUAAGCAGAUGAUGAUUCACAUGCAGAUUUCGCUGUAUGCCUUAUUUUUGAGAUUAUAUGGGAUGUAUCCUUGCAAUUUCAUAGCCUACCUAAGAUCAUUUUAUAGAGAUAAGAAUAACCCCGUUUUCAUACACACUAUUCAGCCCAUGUUAGAAACAGUCAGAAUGCAUCCAAGACUAGUCACAGCUUCAAAGGAUAAUGAAAUAUCCACAGAUAGGUGGAAAACAAAAGGUGCUCAACAAAUUAUCGCAGAAUGUGAACAAUUUUAUGUUGAUGUAGUUGAUAAAUGUCCUAAUGAUUGUUGUUACGUCAGUACUGGUUUUCGAUCCCGAUCUAAUACAACCAAUUCAACGAUAAUAGGUUCCAUCAAUGAAAACUAUUCUAUAAAAAUUGGUGUUCCUUUUGCCAAAAUUUUGGAAAGUAAUGAAAUGAAACCAUUAAUUAUGGACGAAAAAGAAAAGCAGAAUUUUCCACACAUGAAGCUGACAGAGUUAUGUAAGUUACCACCACAAGAUACAAAGGCGUUUUUCAGUCCAAGUUUGGCAUUUCCUGAUCGAAUUCCUCCACCUACCACUCCGAAAAAUAUAAUUCAGCCACUUUAUAUACAUAGUAGCGGCAGCCAUGAAGGAUCUUCACCUCCCGAGGCAGCUAUAGAAGCAACUCCUGAGACCACACCUGUUCGAGACACUAGAAAUCCUGCUAUCAUCCGAUCACCUCACGUUGGCUCAUCAGUCGUACGCGGGCUAACCUCAUUCCCUAAAAACAGGAGUGCAAAUACAACGCCCACACACUCACAACCUUCAUCACCCAUGCGUAAAGAAGUAUCUCCUUUUCAUUUUCCAUCAUCGGGCAGUGGAGCUGUUAAAAGAGAUUCUUUCAUUAACCAAAAACUGCAGAAGCUGUUGUAUGAAAGGAGUCAGAGUGUUGAAGCCUACAUGGAACAAAGCUCGUCAUAUUUGAAUGUCCAAACAAGUCCUGUAAAACUUAUAACAUCAUCUCCUUAUCGAAACGAUUCUCCUUUAAGUAGGGAAGACGAAGAAGUUAGGGCUAUAGUUGAACAAAAACCGAAUGUCGAUUCAUUGAUUAAUAGAAAUUGCGAUAGUGUUCUCCAUGAGGAUAUUGAUGUUGAUGCUGCGCUGGAAAAUUCAUUGGAACAAGGAUCACCAUGCUCUCAGGGUGGAUUGCAUAUGCCGAAUUCUCGAUCAAUGAAUGAUUUUGCCAAGCGAGUCCAACGUCUUAGAUACCAUAGCCAAAAUUAUGAUAGAGAUUCAACAGGAAAUUCUGAAAGUGGCAGUCCAGAAAAAGGAACAUCUGAAAUUGCUACCGUCAGAAGGGCCAGCUCAUGUCCAAAUAUUAAGAAAAGAAGUCCUGUUACUCGUAAAGGGAACAAAACUCUUAGAGAAACUGAUGAAGAGACAGAAGAAGAUGAAGCUAACCAAACAAAGGAAUCUAAUCAGAAGAGCUUUACUACUAGUGAAACUCAAACAGAUAGUUACAUGUCGUAUGAGCAUCUCUUUCUGAAUAUAUUUCCGUGUUUAGGAAGUACAGAAGUCAAGACUAGCCCAUCUUCAAGUCCAAUGCCUGUCAAACCUUUUGGAGAUAAGGAAACCCAACAUUCUACUCAUAAUGUUUUGGACAAAUAUAUGGAAAUAUGCAAAGGUGACAUCUCUAACCCAUCUGUUCAAAUACAAUUAGUUCAGCAACAACUUCUCUUUGAAAGAUACAGAAGAGAAGCAUUCUCUUCCAGAAAUCGAAAACUAUUAGCUGAUGCAAAAAAUGUGAAAGCUCUUGAAGAGUACAACUCAGCACUAAAAGAUACUAUUCAGCUUCAACAGAGGGACUUGGAUUUUUUGAGGAAGCAACUUUCUACCAUACAAAAGGAACACUUUGAAGAAGAAAGGAGGCUAAUAUCUUAUAAAAAACAUCUUGAGGAAAAGGUUAAUAAUUUACUGGAUCAAGUAGAUAAGUUAACUACUGAAAGAGAUAGAGAAUGUUUGAAAUUGUUGGAACUCAAAGAAAAAUGCAGCUCAUUGGAUACAGAAAGACAACAAGCAUGUUCAGUUUUAUUUGAAACUUAUGCUGAAUUGAAUUUAGCAAAAGAACAAGUUGCUAUGGGAGAAAAGGCGAGAAUUGAAGUAGAAAGAUUGAACAAAGAAAUAUUAUUAUUAGGUGAAGCAAAUAUGAAAUGUCAAGAAAAGUUGAUGGAAUCAGAGAAAACUGGAUUGAUUGAUGCCCACUUUGAAAUGCUAGAAACAUCUUACAAAGAAGAAAUAAACGUUUUGAAAAAUAAUAUUGACAGCAAAAAGACACUAAUGGAGGCAUAUAAGCAGAGAAUAAUUGACUUAGAAUUGAUAUUAUCUCAAAAAGAUGAGGGAAUAUCAGAUCUGAAGAGAAAUUUGAUGGAAGUCAAUUCUGAAAACUAUGAGAAACUUAAGGCUGUGGAGAGCAAGUACAAAUCUCAGUUGUCCAUAAACAGAGCACUGGAGCAGAAGAUGCUACAAUUAUUCACAAAAAUAGAAUCACCAGGAUUACGAAGUCUUCAUUCACCAGAAACCAGUAGUUGUCAUGAAGCAAUUGCUACUCCUAGUGUUUCUGGCUUGAGUCCUCAUUCCUCUCCUUUGUCAGUGUCUUUAGCUUCUUCAGAAAGUAGUGCAGCAUUUUUAAGUUCUGACAUUAAAGAUAUGAAGAAUUUACAGGUAUUGGUUGAUAGAAAAGCGGGAAAAUCUGAGGAACUUAUCGAAGCUGCUGGAGACCCUAUGGACAUAUUAUUGAACCCAUCUUCCAGUAAUACACAAUCAAAUUCUGUAACAAGCUUAACCUCUAGCACACAACAGUCUGCAAACACUAGCACUCAAUUUCCAAGUACAGAUAUGCAAUCUUCAAUCUGUGAAAGUCAGUCUUCAAAUAAUAACAUGCAGGCAUCAGCAAGUACCACACAGAACCCAUCGAAACAACAAGGACUGAACUAAUUUUGAGUUUGAAAAAGAGAUGUCUAAUUCUCUGCCUUUAUUUUUAUUGUAAGUUACCUAUGGACAGUCAAUAUAUAUUGUAAUGUUGGAACUGUAUAACAAGUUUAUUGGGGGAUAUUCUAAACUUAUCAGACAAAUUUUACAGCCAUUUAUUUUUCAUAUCAUACUGUUCAAACCUCAGGGUUCCGAUCCUUUAAGACAAAUAAAUAGACCUUUGAAAAGUUUGGAAUACCAUUGUUCGAAAUUGGAUGUGUGUGAAAUUAUAGGAUUUUUACAAAGUGGUUCAACAUAGAAAAUGUCAAAAAAAUCUUGAGUUGAAUGAAUCAAUAGUCAUCAUACUAAGCACAACUAAGUGUAUGCAAUAUCUUUGUCAAUUCAUCAAUUAUUUCUUCUCCUGGACUCUUAUUUCAGGUGCUUUAAGGGUUUUGCAAGUCCCGAGCAAUUUUCUUAAAAACGGCAUAUUAAUUAUGAUCUUCAUCAAAAAUCAAGAAUGAUUUUUUCCUUUAUUUAUAAUCACAAUCAAAAAGUUAUUUUUAGUAUUCCAGAACAAUUUUUGCCAUACACAAAAAUUCCAAACAUUCCAAAUAAAAGUUGUUUUAUUAGUUUGAAAUAUUCAUUAAAUUGAACCACGUUUGAAAUAUCCAACAUCCUUGGUUUGUUAUUUUGCCAAAGAGUCAUCAAAGUCAUAUGAUUGAGUGGCAUUAUUAAAAAGAAGUGAUUCAUGAAGAAUCUGUGUUGGCAUAUUUAUAUUUUGUCAGACAAAUAAAUUCUGUAUUAUUGCUUAAUUUUAAAUCAUUACAUUCUUUUAAAUUUU